UUUGAAUGCAUCAUCUGUGUUCCCCCACUCCUACUUCUUCCCUUCUUUCCUCUUCAUUUUGAUAGCCAAUCUUUUACUUUAAUGAAUAUUUCCCUUAAUUAAGGAUACAAAUGUGUUUUAACAUAACAUUGUUGUUUCUUUCUGAUAUGAUGUUGCUAAAUCUCUAUUGAAUGUUGCAGCCAAUCGAAUCAAGUACUGAAUUAAAGACACAAGAAGCUAGUGAAUUAAUUAAGGAAGAGCUAGAUGUCGGGAGUAUCCCUUGCUGUGGCUCCUCGGUCGGAGCCAGACCAAACCAGCACUUCAGCCACAAAACCACCGCAACAUGUACAGCAGGAGCAGCAGCCUGUGGUGGGUGGUGUGAUGGGAUCACUGCGCGUGAUAGAGCUGCAGCUCGUGGCAUUCAUCAUGGUUUUCUCAGCCAGCGGUCUCGUCCCACUCCUCGAUCUACUCUUUCCUGCCUUGACCACUGUCUAUCUUCUAGCCCUUGCGCGCUUCGCCUUCCCUUCCCAUGGCACUACAGUCAGCUCCGGCUCACAGGAAAUUUUCCAUGGAAACAAAUUAUUUAGGUUCUACGUGGUCGUGGGAACAACAAUAGGGCUCUUCUUGCCGCUGGCAUACGUCCUGGGUGGGUUCGCCAGGGGAGACGACCAAGCAGUCCGGUCAGCCACACCUCACCUCUUCUUGCUCUCUUUUCAGAUACUCACCGAAAACAUUAUUAGUGGGUUAUCUUUGUUUUCCCCACCGGUGAGGGCAUUGGUGCCAUUGCUCUAUACAGUUAGGAGGAUCUUUGUUAUCCUUGAUUGGGUAAACGACGUGUGGGUUACCAAAACGCUGCCUCCAAAUGCACUACUUAAGGACAUUGCAUGGUGUUGGUUUGGGAGGGGCCUUGCAGUUGCCAAUCUAGUGUAUUUCUCGAUCAAUCUGUUUGGAUUUUUGAUUCCAAAAUUCCUUCCGAGGGCUUUUGAAAGGUACUUCAGGGAGAGGGAUGAGAUUCAUGCCAAGACUGCAGAGGAUAAACACACUGCUACUAUUAACAACAAGUCCCAACCAAGAGAUAAGAAGGCUGAUUAGUUCCGCUGUUGUUUGUGCUCACCUAGUAUGUUAUCCAUAGUUUUUGGUACUAGGACUUUGUUCUUGAAAUGAACAAGGAACAACACUUUCUUUUCCACUGAAUCUAAGCACUGUGUUUUAUAGUUUGUUUCAAUAUGUGUUAUGUCUUAAUUGGUCGUUACAGACCUAUCUCGCUUAUAAACUUUCGUUCGUUUGAUAAGUAA